UAUUUAAUGGACAAAUUUGGUAAACGAUGCCAGUCCUGCACUCUGAUUGGAGGAAGACUUUGUGGGCGGGGUCAUAUCGUAGAGAAGCGCUUGCAUAAGGAAAGCAUGCUUCAUUCUCAUCUGUCCUGGUCUGAAGAGGAGUGAUCACAUCCAAGCUUCAGCUUCUUUGAAGAUUAAGGAAGAAUUGUGUCCACUGCAGCCACUUGUUGGGGUUGGAGAGAGCUUUGUUUUUUGUUGCAAGCACCCAGAAAACAGACACAGAAUGGAAAGAGCAGACUUGGUCCUCAAGGCCAAAUUGGCUGAGCAAGCUGAACGUUAUGAUGAUAUGGUGGCUUGUAUGAGGGAGGCCACCAAGGCUGGCCAGGAACUUUCUAAUGAGGAAAGAAACUUGCUGUCUGUCGCCUAUAAGAAUGUGGUGGGCACACGCAGGUUGGCCUGGCGGGUCAUAUCCAAUGUUGAGAGCAAUCCUGAAGAGAGUGACAAGAAGCCUGAAGUGGUCAAAGAAUACCGGAAGAAAGUAGAGCAUGAACUCAGAGAUAUCUGCAAUGAUGUACUGGAACUGCUGAAUAAAUAUCUAAUCAAAAACACCACAAAUCAAGAAAACAAGGUCUUUUACCUGAAGAUGAAAGGAGACUAUUUUAGAUACCUUGCUGAAGUGGCCCCGAAAGAUGACAAGACUGCUAUAACAGACUCUCAGCAAGCCUACCAAGAGGCAUUUGAUCUGAGCAAGAAAGAAAUGCCUCCGACACACCCCAUCCACCUGGGCCUCGCCCUGAACUUCUCUGUCUUCUACUAUGAGAUUCUUGGUUCUCCGCAGAAAGCUUGCGACCUCGCCAAAGAGGUACUUGAAAAGGCUACAGCAGAGGUCAGUUCACUUAAUGAAGACUCUUUUAAAGACAGCACCAUCAUCAUACAGCUGCUAAGAGACAACCUCACAUUAUGGACAUCUGAUAAUGGAGAGGAAAGACAGCAGAGCUGAAACUUCUAUGGGGUGGACCAAAUGAUCUAACAGGAUGAAAAUCAUUCAUUUUAAAAAUCCAUCAACUCGCACAGCACACACCUCGGUGCUGCUAUUUAAGCUAUCUUAUGGGUUAAACUAUUAUUAGUCACUCAAAGUACUAAGGCUCUUAAUGCAAAAGAAAAAAAAAAUCUCUAGAUUCUCAUGUUGGGAAAAUUAAGAGUUCACAUUUAUACGAGUAGAUUUGGAUAUGGUAUAAUAUAAAAUGGCUUUUAUAUUGAGAUAUUAGCAUUGAUGUGGUGUCAUUUGUUGUAGUCAAAGUUGUGUUCUUAAAGGGUAAUCAAGUAUCAAAUGCUGAGUUUUUUUUUUAUAUUUGAAUGUUUUUUUCAAUUAUAUAUAUAUAUAUAUAUAUAUAUAUAUAUAUAUAUAUAUAUAUAUAUAUAUAUAUAUAUAUAUAUAUAUAUAUAUAUAUAUAUAUAUAUAAUAACUAAUAAUUGCAUUUAAAAAUUCUAACUGGAAAACAAAAACAGCCAGAAUGUCAAUUAAAACAUUUCCAAUAAAACUGAGGGGCGUGACUGAGA